GUCUACGGGGAAUCAACAUUGAGGGGAUAAUUCGCUUCAAAACCCAAAUGUGGAAGCGGGAGCCAAGGAAGAGCCAAGAACUAUGGGCUAUUACAUGGCUCCAUGGGUGGCGGAUAUCCAAUCUCCCAUCUUACAUCCACCUGUGGCCACCAACAACUUUGAAAUCAAGCUCAUUGUUGUGACGAUGAUUCAAAACAACUCCUACUUUCAUUGGCUUGCCAAUGAAUCACCACGAGAGCAUGUCCGAAGGUUUCUUGAGCUAGCGGGAAGCUUGAAGAUAAAUGGCAUCCCCGAGGAGGCAUUGCGAUUGAGGUUCUUCCCCUAUUAUUUGGCGGGGAAGGCACUCCGUUGGGUCAACAACCGUUUGGCUUUGUCCAUCACCUCUUGGGACGAUUUACUCAACAAGUUCAUGACCCGAUAUUGUCCUCCUUCCAAGACACCCGAGUGGAGGAAGAAGAUCAAUCACUUUGAGCAAGAGGAGGAUGAGACAUUAAGGAAUGCAUGGGAAAGAUUCUCCGACUACUUCCUCCAAUGCCCUCACCAUGGAUUCGAGGAGCAAUUUCGGAUAGAGACUUUCUAUGGAGGUCUCAUUCAAGAUGACAAGAUCCUCAUCGACUCUCUUUACCAAGGGAAGUUGAUGAACAUGACCCCACCUGAAGUGACUGAGUUGCUCAAAGAUAUGUCUCUCAAAGGAUAUGAUUGGGUCUUGACAAGAAGUGGGAAGAUAAGCACCGAAAGAGGAGUGCAAAUUGUAGGAGCAAGUGCUCCACUUGAAGCGAAGCUUGACAAGUUGAUCUAGGGGAACCUUGAGGACAAGAAGCAAGGGAAGAGAGCAGUGAUGUCUUGUGAUUGGUGUUCGAGCACAAAUCAUGAAAUUGCAGAUUGACAAGCGAUGAAGGAGACAAGUACCCCUGAGGAGCAAGUGAGUUUUAUUGCCAAUGCUAGAGGGAACAAUCCUUAUAGCACACAUACAACCCCGUGUGGCGCAAUCAUCCAAACUACACUUUGUCUUCUCCUUCCAAUCUAAGACCUCCCUGUUCCAAAAAUCCAAUGGGAAACUAUCAAACUCGGCCAACUUACAUCCAACAAAGGCCUCAAUUCCAA